GCUCUACUUUGUUUCAUCACUUCCCCCCUCCCCCAAUGUCGAGCUCGCGGCGCGAUCAUCGCUCAAUGUCGCGGUCGAGGUCCAGAUCGCGGUCCCGCUCGCCCGACCGCCGUCGCCCCGCGUCUGACUCCAGGAGCUCGCAGUCCCAGCAGCGCUCACGAUCUCGAUCUCGAUCCCGGUCUGUGUCUCGGUCGCGGUCGCGGUCAAGGUCGAGGUCGAGGUCGCCGUCAACGCGGCGCCAUUCAAGCCACCAUUCGAGCCACUCAAGCAAUCGCUCGCGCUCUGGGCGUCACAAGCACAGCAAGAAGCACAAGAAGCACUCAUCGUCAUCAUCAUCGUCGCGUCGCCAUCGCAGUCGGAGUCGGAGUCCAAGUCGGAGCAGCGACCGCUCGUCAAGUAGUAGCAGCGAAUCCGAGUCGUCUGGGAGCGAGUCUGGGUCGGAAGGCGAAGACGACCGCCGGCAUCGUAGAAAGAAGCACAAGCACCACAAGCACCAUAGGAAGCACCACAAGCACCACAGGCGGUCAAGAUCGCCCGAACGAGCUGAACGCGCUGAGGCGAAACACAAUGUUGCUCGCGAGAGCUCAAGCACGACUGCUACAACUAGUGCACCAGCAAGUACAGGUACUCUUUCAAGGUCAAGCGAAGUGGUUGCUGCAGCCGCUGCCGAGCCUGUUGUGGCUGGACCCUACAUCCCGGAAGAGUUUCGCCGCACGCUCGAGCGUCAGGCAGAUAGUGUUGAGAUUGGACCAACCGCACCGCCGACAACGACAAGCUCGAGUCAGGAAAACAAGGAUCAAGCAGGGCCAGAGAUGGACGAGGACGCACGACGCUAUCUCGCGACGCUACGCGGCGAGACCUACAGCCCGAACUCGACGCAAGUCCACAACAACAACGCGGCUGCCGAAGACGAUGAUGAUGAUCUAGGACCAUUGCCCGCUGCCCAAGGAUCGCAUGCACCAACAGCAGCCGAGCAGUUUGCUGCUCGGGAGGCCAGAACGUUGAAGCGCGAGCAAGAUCGGUUGAAUGCUGCGGCGGCGGCGGCCGCGGGACCGGCAGAUCGCGAAGAGUGGAUGAUGGAGUUGCCCGAGGAGCGGAGCUUUUUGGGUACCGAGGCCCGCAGCUUCAGAUCGAACGCAUACAGCGGUCGUGGUGACACUUCGGCAUGGACCGAUACGCCAGCACAACGUGCCGCUCGAUUGGCAGGCCACCCCGACCCCGAGCCCUCGGCUGCCGCCAAAAAGCGGGAUGCUGCCAACGCCGAAGCGCUGCGACUCCAGCAGGAGCGUGAUCGUGACAUUGCCUCGUCUUUAGAUGGCAAGCGAGCAUCCCUGUCCCUCGUCGACAUGCACCGAGACCGCCAAAGUGUGGAAGCUGCAGCUGCCAGCAAAGCUAAAAGCGACGAGCCAUCCACUCGGAUAUUCACGUUUGACCGCGAGAAGGACUUUGGCAACCGCGUCAUGGAUUCCAAAAAGCGCAACGACAUUAUCGAAAAGAGCAAGUCCUUCAACACGCGCUUUGCCUCUGGCGGGACUCAGUCUCGGUUUCUCUGAAUUUUUUUGCGUUUGCUGCGUGGAAGCUUUUUGCUGUUGGUUUGAUCAAACGAGUAAAUUUCUCGGAAUUCUGGCGUGU